GACCUUAGCCGACUAUCUUCAUACUGAUUAAUGUUAGCCAUCUUUGGAUGGGAUUCCAAUAAACCUUUUUUCUUCGAAUCCAUUUUAUAAAUGAGACAAGGAGCUCUCUUGUUGCAUGUCAUUUCAAUUUUGCUAUUUUGAUCAAUAAGGCUGAGUCAAACAAAGACACGGCAUUAAAGCGCCGAGUUAUUUCAUCUCCACAAGGUAUCGUCCUAAUAUAUCGCAUGUCCUCUAUCCAGAACCUCAAAUCUUUUGAUCCCUUUGCUGAUGCCACUAAGGGUGACAACUUGCUCCCGUCAGGGACUGAAGAUAAAAUCCACAUAAGGAUACAGCAACGAAACGGACGCAAGACCCUGACCACUGUGCAAGGAAUCGCAACUGAUUACGACAAGAAGAAGCUUGUGAAAGCUUUCAAGAAGAAAUUUGCCUGCAAUGGUACUGUGAUUGAGCACCCAGAGUACGGUGAGGUUAUCCAGCUGCAGGGAGACCAAAGGAAAAACAUCUGCCAGUUCCUCCUGGAGAUCGGCAUUGUCAGGGAAGAGCAGUUGAAAGUUCACGGAUUUUGAAGGAAUGCUGUUACUUCAAGACCAGGACCUCAUCAGUUUUUAGUCUUUCUUCCAUUAAUAUGGGUUGAUACAGUUUAGCAACAUGCCUGAUGUAACACAAUAAAAACACCAUGUCCCAUUUUUCGAAGCGGAUAACUCCCGGCUCUUAUUCACUAAUUCUCCUUUUAAAUCCGACUCUAUUCAAGUUAUGAUGCCAAACUGACUUGACCCAGUUCCUCAUCAAGCAUGUUUUCUUUUUAACCAUUCAUUGACAAGCAAGCAAAACCAUAUCAGAAAAGUGAACUGCAUGUCUGAAAUUUAUAAAUAACAUGCACAUAACUUGAAUGAUAAAGUUAAGGAAAAGGCUUUGACUGGCCUGGAUAGCUUAUUAGUAUAUUUGACUGGAUUAACAAACCAAAUAAAAUGAUUUCAUUUCAGGUUAAUGCACGAUGUGAAAAUACGCUUAGUUUCUAUUUAAACAAUUUCUCUCAACGUAGAUUGGUUUUAACUUUCAUGUGCUUUAGUGUUUUAUUAAUGAUUAACAAUAUGUGUUCAUUAAUGUAUUGAUUGGAAGGAGGAUAACAAUCCCAAAGAAGUGGUUGUCCCCAUGCUGCCUGGCGACAUGGUGAUUGACAGUGUUUACAUUUGUCCUCUAUUUGUCACAUAGUUGGAAAAUGCUGAUAGAACAUUCACUCUCCUGUAGUUAUGCAAAAUCUACCUUCUAACCCAAGAAUUUAGUGUAUGCACUAAAGUGCACUUAGUCUUCACUGCCCAGGAAACCAUCUGUGUUGAUUGAUGUGACACCUAUCUAUGCAAUACCACUGGGUUUAUUUUAUAUCAGACUUUCUGUACACUCAGUACCUUGGGAUAGUGAUAUAGUGGUGUGUGUUAUUUUCUUGUUCAAAUUAGUUACACCCGACUGAGCACUGCAGAGCAGACUAGCGCUAGUGGCACUGGUAAACAAAUACUACAAAUGUAGCAAUAACUACAGGUUAAUCACAUCUGUUAUCGGUCUAGAACAAGUAUAGAAUGAUCUGUGACAUCAAAAAUUGUAUGACAUCAAUGCAGUUUUAUUUAUAGUUCAUGGAAAACUGUCCUGUAUCAUCUUUAAUUGCAUGAGAAACUGUAUAUAUUUCAUUAAUUUAUUAUCAGUGUUUAUCAACAAUUUUUAAUACUCUGAAUGAACCAUAAUGAAUAAAAUUAUAAAAUCAGAUGACAAA